UUAUUUGAGCAGGUAACCAGUCCUCCUAACCCAACGUCACACCACCACCACCACAACCACGGUCCUCCUAGCGCACCAUCACCUUCGAGCAAAGUGCUUGCGCAUCAUCAGCGUCGACGCGACAGUCGUCCCAUUUGAACGAAGGACGAAAACCUGCCUUCCUUUCAGCAAACUAUGUCCACACCCUCAAAACGUGCCUGCGAAGGCGGGGGCGUUCCGCCAUUUUACAGGGCGCAUAAGAUUUUAGCCAGGAGUAUCCUGACAGGCAGCACAAUGUUACCCAUAUCCCAACACUUCGUCGUACCUAAGUCCUGGUCGGGUGAGUGUGUUUCCAGAGCAAAACUAAUACUAGUUCGCGUCAAUACAGCAGAGGGCAGUAUUUGCUUUCGCGUCGCUAUCAACGAGAAGCCAAUGCGAUGGUCGGCAAAAACCGUCAAUCUUACGCCAUAUGUGCAGAGUGGCGUCAACCUGCUUGAACUCUUCUACUGCGAAAACAUAGGCAGGAGAAGGAUGGACAUAUUUGUUGAAUGUGUGGAGCGUGCCUCUACAGCAGAACUUCUACAUGUGCUGCCACCAAGCAAAAGCGUCAUGUCAGUCGAAAAAAGCAAGUCGAUGAUAUCGAAGUCUAUCAAAAGCAGCCACGACCACGACGUUGCCAUCAUGACAGAUGUGGUGUGCCUCAACUGCCCCCUGAGCAAGGCGAGGAUCAAGGUACCUUGUCGAGGGCUUCUCUGCAACCAUCUGCAAUGUUUUGAUGGACUGUUUUACUUAGAAAAGAACGAGAGCGCUUGCGGACGGGCGUGGCGUUGCCCAAUCUGUAGCAACGUGGUCGACGUGUCCGACCUUCUAAUCGACCAGCUUUGGAUCACCAUUCUUGAACAAGUGCCGUCCUCCUGCACAGAAGUGGAACUCCAUGAAGACGGUACCUGGGCGGCCGUGAACGCCAAUGACUGGUCGGUCAUAACGGUGGAGGACUCGCCGGUGCCAUUGAAGCGGAGGAGACAAGAUGUGACAAUUGAUUUAACGGACGAAGUUCAACGGGAUGAGGCAUGAUAUCCAACUGUAUAAGCAUGUUUUAACUUAAGUAUGGGUCUAAUGUAAUAGUGCUCUAGAUGUUUUGAAGUGUCAGUUUUAUUAUUUUAAAGGAUUAAGCAUCAAGAUACUUUUAUUUCGUUUUUAUUCAGACGUGACGUUGAAUGACGACUACAAUAAAGAAAGGAACAAGA